GCCAGAACACAGAUGACUGCCAAAGAGUUGCCUGCCAGAAUGGAACUACCUGCGUGGAUGGGGCCAGCAAUUACACCUGCGUGGAUGGUACCAGAAACACCUGCCUGUGCCUUGGUAACUUUAAUGGGACCAACUGUGAGAAUGACUUGGCAGGAAGCUCUUGUAAUGACACUGACGAGUGUAUGCUGAAUGUGUGCAGAAACAGUGUCAACUGUACGAACUUACAGGGAAGUUACUUUUGCCAUUGCCUGCCAGGUUUCACAGGCAAAAACUGCAGCAGUGCCCUGCAUGAUUGCGAACCUAAUCCUUGCCAGAACAACGCCACUUGCUCAGUGAAUGGGACUGGGUAUAACUGCUCCUGCUCAGCUGGUUACAGUGGUACACACUGUGAGACCAACAUUGACGAAUGUAAAAGUCAUCAGUGUCGGAAUGGAGCCGCUUGCACGGAUCGGGUGAAUGGUUACAACUGUGUUUGUCAGCCAGGCUGGACAGGCCUAUACUGUGAGCAGGUCAUCAAUGGGUGUGAAUCAAACCCCUGCCUUAACUUUGCCCGUUGUCAAAACCACUUGGAUUCUUACAAUUGCACCUGCCUGCCCGGAUUUCAAGGCUCAAACUGUGAAUCCAACAUUAAUGACUGUUUAGGCGUCGAGUGUUACCAUGGCGGUAAUUGUCUUGACAGUGUCAGCGACUACCACUGUAACUGCACCAGCGAGUGGACGGGCAGGAACUGCAACGAGACGUCUAACGCGUGUAUACCGAAUCCGUGUCUGAAUGGAGCAUCCUGUGACUUGGAUUCUGCCAGGCGUAACUACACCUGUGCUUGUCCUCCUGGAUUCACUGGGCUGAACUGUCAGGAAGAUAUCAAUGAAUGUGUCAAUCAUACCUGUCUGCCUUACCAGGAAUGUCAGGAUGGGAUCGGCAACUAUACCUGUGGCUGCCCCAGAG